AUGAAUCACGAUCCAUUCCAUUGGGGUAGACCAAGUCAAGAGACUUAUGGAGGUUAUAAUUAUAACAUUGCCAAUGCUUCCAACCAUCAACAAGAAAGUCAGUUGGAUAAUUUUCCUAAAGUACAUUCUCAACAACCGAUUAUAACUGGUACAUCUGUGGUUUCAUUAAAAUUUAAACAUGGGAUUAUAAUGGCUGCUGAUAAUUUAGGAUCAUAUGGAUCAUUAUUAAGAUUUAAUAAUUUAGAAAGGUUAAUUAAAGUUGGAUCUCAAACUGUGGUUGGGAUUUCAGGUGAUAUAUCUGAUUUACAACAAAUUGAACGAAUUUUACAUGAAUUAGAAAUUGAACAAGAAAUUUAUGAUAGUGAUGGUGGUCAUCAUUUAAGAGCUCCUCAUGUUCAUGAAUAUUUAUCAAAGAUUUUAUAUAAUAGAAGAACUAAAAUGGAUCCUUUAUGGAAUGCUGUGAUUGUUGGUGGAUUUAAUGAUGAUGGUACUCCAUUUUUAAAAUAUAUUGAUUUAUUAGGAGUAACUUAUACUUCAUCAACUUUAGCUACUGGAUUUGGUAGUCAUUUGGCUGUACCUUUAUUAAGACAAUUGAUUCCAAAUGAUAUAGAUUAUGAAAACAUUGAAGAAGAUGAAGCUAGAAAAGUUUUAGAAAAUUGUAUGAGAGUAUUAUUUUAUCGUGAUGCAAGAGCUUCUGAUAAAUAUUCUUUAGUAACUAUUAAAUCUGAAUCUAAUGAAGGUGAAUCCACCCCAAAGAAAUUAUCAUAUAAUCAUGAAACUGAAUUAAAAGUUGAAGGACAAAGUUGGAAAUUUGCUAAAGAUAUUAGUGGUUAUGGAAGUAAGCAAUUAUAA